UUUAAAUAUUGAAUGGUAUAAUUUGAAUUCUUCAAAGGACUGGUAGAGGAGGGUUUUACUUGGGACGAAAAGGUUCCACGUUCGAACCUUCCCGUUGCCAUUUCUUUGUUUAAUUUCCUUUGUCACUUCGUUCGCUAAUUAGCGAGAAUUAUGCAGGUUGAAUUGGUGUUCGCUUUAAGUUGAAAGGCUUGCGGGCUGAUAGUGGCGAACUGCAUUUAAGUGUAGCUGGAAGUUAGGGUUUGUGAUGGACGUGGAUCCUCGCCAAUACGACCAUUUGAAUGUCAAUGACAAUGACGUACGUAAUAUUGUGCUCACUUACCUGAUGCACAAUUGUUUCAAAGAGACUGCAGAAACAUUCAUCUCUUGCACUGGGAUGAAACAGCCAGCCAACUGCCCCUUUGACAUUGACAGGAGAAAACCAAUUUACAAUUUUGCUUUGGAUGGAAAUGCUUUGAAGGCCAUAGAACUUACAAACCAGCUUGCACCUGAUCUGCUCGAGAACAAUAAGGACUUACAUUUUGAUCUUUUGAGUCUUCAUUAUGUUGAGUUUGUCCGCAUGAGAAAGUGCUCAGAUGCGUUGGAGUUUGCUCAGGCUGAAUUGACACCAUUUGGAAAGCAGGAUAAAUAUGUUGGGAAAUUAGAAGAUUGCAUGGCACUUCUAGCUUAUGAGGAGCCUGAGAAGUCACCCAUGUUUCAUCUCUUAAGCAUGGAAUAUCGCCAAAAUGUUGCUGAUUCACUGAAUCGAGCAAUCUUGGCACAUGCCAAUCUUCCUAGCUACACAUCUUUGGAAAGGCUUGUCCAACAAACCACAGUUGUGAGACAGUGGUUACAUCAAGAACUUGGUAAGGAUGGACCUCCACUCUUUUCCUUGACAGCAUUUCUGAAGAAUUAGACAGUGAGUGUACAGAGCUGGAUAUUGGACAGGCAUUUGUUACUGGCAUAUGAAAUACAUGGCUGCACUAUUUGUAUUUAUGAAUGUUGAUGGUUACACUCAACUGAAACUAUUGUAGUAUGCAAGGAAUGUGAAGAUUUUCCCUUUAAAGUGCUUUACCAUGUUAUAGUUUACUGUCAUUUGGUCAAUUUUUCCAUGUAACAUGCUAUUGUCUGCAUUGUGUAUCUUUUAGAUUUAACCAAACUAUCGAAACAGUAGCAUAUCCCGUUGAUGGGCUUUUGUGCCACAUCAAUAAUCUCUCUAUAGGUAGUUUAUGAAUAUGCAUAUUCUCUCUUU